AUGGGCAAGUUCUACGACGCCAUCCCCCCGGAGCUCGUCCCCUGGCUGCUCAAACAGGAGCUCUUCUGGGUCGCCACCGCCCCCCUCUCUCCGGACGGGCACGUCAACGUCUCGCCCAAAGGCGUCCGCGACUCCUUCCACGUCCUCGACGCCCACCGCGUCUGGUACCAGGACCUCACCGGGAGCGGCGCGGAGACGGUCGCGCAUGUGCGCGAGAACGGGCGGGUCACGCUCAUGUUCUCCGCCUUCGAGGGCCCGCCGCGGAUCGUCCGGCUCUUCGGCACAGGGACGAUACACGAGUUCGGGACGAAGGAGUACGAGCGGCUCGUCCCGCCCGAGCAGCGUCGCCCGGGCUCGCGCGCCGCGAUCGUUGUCGAUGUGCACAAAGUCGGCUCGUCGUGUGGGUACGCGGUGCCGUACUACAAGUUCCAGGGACACCGGCAGGCCCUCCUCGACUACUUCGCGAAGCAGGAGGCGGCGGACGACUUCGCGGACGGCAGCCUCAAGGCGUACUGGGCGAAGAAGAACCUGCAGAGCAUCGACGGCAUCCAGGCGCUGCGCGAUGCACCGAACGCGGAGAGGGUCCCCGUCACGGGCGAGGGGAUGGGGAAGGCGGACGCCGUCGCCGCCGGGGCCAGCGGGAACGGGGUCUCGAACGUCGGAUCGGACGGGCGGGGGGCGGGCGCCGCGAAGGUGGACAGGCAGAGGGUGCAGGAGUGGGUCGUUGCGUUUGCGCUGGGGCUCGCGGCCGCGGCGGUGUACGUCCAGGUCGUCGGGGCCGUGUCUCUGUGA